AUGGCAGCGCCCGGGCCGCGGAAGCGCAGCGGCCCCGCGCUGUGCGGGGCGGGCUGGGCGCGGGGCCCCGCUCCGGCCGCGGCGCUGGGGAACGGCGUCCCGCCUCACAAGCGCCCCAAGGGGCCGGCGGCGGGGGCCGAGGCGCCGGCGGACCCGUUCGGGGACGGCGACGACUUCACGGCGGACGACCUGGAGGAGAUCGACACGAUCGCCUCGCAGGCGCUGUCGCAGGACGCGGCCCCCCCGGGACGCGCGUGGGGAGGCUGGGCCGGGCCGCGGGGCAGGGCCGCGGGGAAGGAGCCCAGAGGGAGCGGCGCGGAGAGCGGGCUGCUGAGGGACGCGUUCCGGUUUGAGGUGCUGCAAACGCAGCACGAAGAAACCCGGCACAAGGUGGAAUACUUUCCAAAAAAGUAG